AUGUACGUAAUAUAUCCCGCCGAUGAGCUCAUCUUGAUGACCUAUGGUUUCUUUGCGCCACGUGUGAAACCGCGACCCUCACUCGACUGCCUGCCCGAGCCGCUCGUGCCGAUCGAGUAUCCAGCCAGGAGUGCCAGUUGCCUUGUCAACACCAGUAGCACCACCACCUUCAAGGCCCCCACCACCGCCGCCGUCCACUUCGAGCCUUUCGCCACCACUCCGCCCAUUGCCAUCCAGCCAGCAACCGCGCCGGCAGCACUAACCAGUUUCUAUCCGGGAUCACCGCCUGCCUCGCCGCCUCCUUUCAACUAUUCGGCAGCAGGAUCACCUGCUUUCUUCAGCUUCGACGAGCCACCUGUAGGAUCAGUGAUCAACCAGAGCCAAUCCCAGAGUCUGCCGCCCACGCCCACCCGCCGCACAUCGCGUGCCUCCCUGACCCACUCGAACAACUCGAAUCUCUCCCACCAGGGCUCCACCAAGCGGAGCAGCCUGCGGCGGAGCCAUCAGCGUCCACCGGCUGCGUCCAUGUAUAAUGAUUAUAAUGAGGGUAGCCAGAUGCAGGGAAGCGGUAGCAGUGCCACUGGACCAGGACGAGCACCAUUCCAGCGCAGCAGCGCAGCCUACGAGCAGGAUUCGGGAGCAGCAGCAGCACUAGAGUAUGGGGAUCUGCGUUCGCGGAGUCCCAGUAUUUUUCUGGAGCCACCCACGCCGGAUCCCACGCAUGCCCACUUUGGACCGGGAUGGGGUAGACCCAUGUCGCCCAUGGACCUGCCACCGGAACGGUCAUCGGCCAGCGGAUCGGGCAGCAAGUCGCCCACGGGCAAGUCUCGCCUGCGACCCAAGCUGCAUCUUCCGCUGGGGCGAUUGGGCAGGUCCAGUUCCUCGGACACGAGGGAGAGCAACAGACUGCGCGAGGACGUGCAUGUGCAUGUGGAGAAUCCGGUCUUCAGCAGCGAGAAUCUGCGACAGAACAACUUCGAUGCAUUCUUCGAGGCCCGCGAGCCGGUCAUCAAGCUGCAGCCGCGAACCCCCCACACGGCGCCGGCGGAUGGGGGCGGUGGGCGGGGCUACUCGCCGCCCCUGGAGAACUAUGCGGGCGUCUACGAUUCGCCCAGGACGCGGAGUCCAGCGGGCAAGGGCGGCGGCAGCGGGGGUGGCCUGUUUGCGCGAUCACCUCGCGAGGACCGGGAGAGGAUGGCGGGCGCCAGGUCACGGAGUGCGGAUCAGUGCGACGGGGCGGUGGGCGGAGCUGCCAGUGGAGGACAACCCAGUGGAUCCAACUCGGCGGGCGGCGGCGGAGGCGGAGGGGGCGGGGCCAGUUCGGCCGGAGCGACCUCCAAAGGUGACAGGUUCUUCGGUAAAAUCUUCAAGUGGUCGAAGAAGUCGUAG